AUGUCUCUCCGUGCUCUCCGUCCCGCUUUCCGCGUUGCCGCUGCGUCGGUCCGCGCCGCCCCCCGCGCCGCUCCCGCCUUUGUCGCUGCUGCCCGCUUCCACGCCUCGGCCCGCCGCAUGGGUUCCGGUGAGACCGACAGCCAGCUCGCCGGUUCGCUCACUGCCGAGCACGAGUACGAGCUCGAGUCGGCCAGCGACGAGAAGCCCCAGUCCCUUCAGGAGCUCGAGAACGCCGGUGUCUGGACCGUCAAGGACAUUCCCGGCAGCGACGAUGUUGAGAUCACCCGCAAGUUUGGUGACGAGACCCUCAAGCUCACCUUCCAGGUCUCGGACCUCGACAACGCCGAGCCCAUGGAGACCUACCACAGCGAGGACAACUCGCUCGAGGACCAGGAGGACAGCGACUACAUCACCUCGUCGCUGAUCGUGUCCAAGGCUGCCUCGACCAAGUCGCUCUGCGUCGACCUCACUGCCAGCCGCGACGGCUUUGAGAUCACCAACAUUGCCAUCUUUGACAAGGCCCUUGCCGGCGCUGACGGUGCCGAGGGUGACUGGGCCCGCCGCAGCCGCUACAUGGGCCCCCAAUUUGACACUCUUGACACCGGUGUCCAGGAUGCCUUUGGCGAGUACAUCCAGGAGCGCGGCAUCAACGAGUCCCUCGCCAACUUUAUUGUCGACUUUUCGGCCCAGAAGGAGCAGAAGGACUACAUCUCGUGGCUUGCCGACGUCAAGACCUUUGUCAACGCUUAG